GUAUCACAGCCUUGUGAAUGUUUCAUGUAUUUAUAGAGCUGAAUGCUCCAAACAAAUCAAAUAAACGAAAACAUUUCUUGAAAAAUAAGCAAAAAUUGUCGUCGAAUAAAAUGGCCGAAAACUCUUUAACAGAUGCUCAAAAAGCACGCAUAGAACGAAAUCGUGCCAAGGCUUUAAGCCUGAAACAAUCAAAAUUGGUUAGCCAUCCGUACGCUCUAAAUCGAAAAGAUGUAAAUUCUGUGGAUGGCACCAGUUCCGUUAUCAAAGUGCAAGGAACAAAAUAUGUGGACAGUGGAGGUGGGUUUCUAAUCGAACAGGCAGUGACUGCAUCACAAAAUGCCGCCCAAUCUAGCAAUGCCACAACAUCUGAUCAACCAACACUAGUGGAUGAUGCCAUUUCCAUACCGGUGCAUUAUGACGAAUGUUUGAUGUGUGGUGAAAUGUUUGCGGAUUCAUUUUUGAUGAACAAUUUCAGCCAUUCUGUCUGCGAUAAAUGUCGUGAUUGUGAUGGAGAACAUUCCCUAAUAACAAGGACAGAAGCAAAGGCAGAAUAUCUUUUAAAGGAUUGUGAUUUUGAUAAACGCGAACCUCCACUACGCUACAUCAGCCGAAAAAAUCCGCAUAACAUUCGUUGGGGAGAAAUGAAACUUUAUUUGCAUUUACAAGUUCAGAAGCGAGCAUUGGAAGUCUGGGGCAGCGAGGAAGAGCUAAUGAAACAGCAUGAAAAUCGUUUGGAAAAAAGAGAGGUAGGAAAGAUUCGAAAAUAUAACAAACAAAUGAAACAAUUGCGUAUGGAGGUGCGUAGUAGUCUUUACACCAAAAAAACAAAAGCAGUGCAUGUUCAUGAAUUCGGAGAAGAUUCUUACAAUGAGGAAGAGGAUACAUACACGCACACUUGUCGAACAUGUAAUUUUACAGAAACAUACGAAAAAAUGUAACCUUCCUAACAUCAUGCAUGUAUCUAUUUUUGGUAUGUAUAUGGAAAAUAAAAUUUGUACGAGAUCUGUUAUCUGGAUUUUACAAA